UCCAUGGUGUCUGCUCUCUUCAAGAAAUUGAUCUCUUCCUACAUAUAUAAGAUUUACAAAGGAAUGUUUACAAAGAAAUCGGGAAAUAGUACAAAAAAGAAAGAGAGUUGUCAAAGCAAAAAGGAACAAGAUAUUUCCCAAACCGAACAGAUAAAAAACCCCAAAUUUACUAAUACGUUGAAAAGCACAGUCAAAAAGAUUGCCAAGUGCUCCUCUACUUGCAAUUUCUCAAUCGAAGAAGAGGGGAAAAACAGAGAUUUUUCCCUGUCCCCAACUUUCAGCUACCGGGUAGCGAUUGCAAAUGGGUUGCAAAAGAGUGUUUUCUUAACAAAUAAUAACGAGGAAACCUUUCAAGAUGUAUCUUCCGAGAGCAGCUCCUAUUCCGAGUCCUUGAGUGAAACGCGAGGUCCCAGCCGGAGGAAAGAGCGGCUGUCGCCCACCACGAUGCCCGUGAGGCGCAACAGGAAGAGCAUGAGCAGCCUGGCUCCCUCCGACGGCAGCUCCGAGGGGGAGCGCACUUUGCACAGCCUGAAGCUGGGCGCACUGCGGAAGCUACGGAAGUGGAAGAAGAGCCAGGAGUGCGUCUCCUCGGACUCUGAGCUCAGCACCUGGAAGAGAACCUGGGGCCUGCGGAGCAAGUCUUUGGACCGGACGGCGCGCCACCCAAAGGCAAGCACCCUUGAGCCCAGCUUCAGCUCGACAGGCUGCAUCAGUCAGACCCAGGAUGUUAUGGAAAUGAUCUUCAAGGAACUGCAGGGAAUCAGUCAAAUCGAAACCGAACUCUCUGAGCUGAGGGGGCACGUCAACGCCUUGAAACAAUCCAUUGAUGAAAUCUCCAGUAGCGUUGAAGUCGUGCAGAGUGAAAUUGAACAGUUGCGAACAGGGUUUGUACAGUCGAGAAGAGAAACGCGUGACAUUCACGACUAUAUCAAACAAAUAGGGCAUGCAGGAAGCAAAACAAGUCUUCGGUUUUUAAAUGUGCCUGAGGAUAAAUGUGAAAACACUGAAAAUACGGUAUACAAACUUUUAACAGAGAAAAUGGGAUUUUUGGAGGCGCAGCAUUCUGUUAAAGUAGAAUUUGCUCAUCGAGUGGGACCACACAGGGACUGCCCAAAUGCAAAGCCCAGACCCAUCCUUGUUUAUUUUGAAACACCACAACAGAGAGAUUUAGUUUUAAAAAAGUCUUACAAGCUCAAAGGAACUGGCAUUGGAAUUUCAACUGAUAUUCUUUCCCACGAUGUGAAAGAAAGGAAAGAUAAAAAUCUGCCUUCAUCUCAGACAUACGAGAGCAUGGACUUGAAAUUGCUAGCGAUUGAUCUCAAAGCUAAAAAACACGAUUGGGAGUCACCUGACAGCAGCGAUAAAGAGCUGGAGUCAGAUAUCAAUCGUAACACUUAUGCAAAGAUAUCCAAGUCAGCCCCGCAAAUUAAAAGAAGCCCCGCCAAGGGGAGGGGAGGGUCCUCAAAUGUGAAAGUCCUUAAAGGAGCUGCAGAAGGCAACAGUUCUCCAAACAAGAUAAUUUAUAAUGAAGAGUCCUCAGGAGCAGAGAGCCUUCGGAAAGAAUCAAAGUCUUGUGGCCACUCCGACAUGACUCCUCUCUGGCCGUCUCAGAACGACUUUACAACACUCAAGCUCAGCCGUUCGGAAUCUGAUUUUUCCAAACUGUGCCAAUCCUAUUCGGAGGAUUUUUCAGAGAAUCAGUAUUUCGGCAGAACUAAUGGCAGCUCGCUCUUGUCUUCCUCCGAUCGAGAACUCUGGCAAAGGACGCACGACGAUCCAUCCACCUGGUGCGUUGGUUUGCAAGAGCAGACUUCUAAUCAAGAGGGCCAACCUUAUAGAAGAGAAAACGAAGUUGAGAAGACAGAGACAGCAGACAGUGGGGUAAGCAAUGGGAUAAUAUGUGCGUCUGGGGACAGGAGUCACUACAGCAACUCUCAAGUUUCCUUACAAGAUGACCUUUCACCCUGGAAAGACUGGAAUCAGCUGGAUCAAAACACAGACUUGGGAGUGGACUCAUCAACACAAGAAGUUUUGGUUUAUGACCUGAGCAGCUCUUCUGACCAACAGAUAGACUACGGUCAGCUCUCUGACAUGCAGUAUGACAUGGACAGUUACGACUUCACCCUGGAUGGCACCUCACCCUCCGGCACCUGCCUCAGCAGUGAAACACAGAGCCAGUGGGUCAGCCAGUACGACGACUACCCAGAAACCAACGCCAACAGCCUGUAUCAGAACCAGAACAGGAAGCCCAUGAUGUACCGAAGCCAGAGUGAGCUGCCAAGCGAUGACUCUGAAGAGGCACCUCCUAAGUCUUGGCACAGCAGGCUGAGCAUUGACCUUUCAGACAAGACGUUCAGCUUCCCUAAAUUCGGUAAUACUCUACAGAGAGCAAAGUCAGCCUUGGAAGUGGUGUGGAAUAAAAGCACACAGAGCUUGAGCGGCUACGAGGACAGCGGGUCAUCUUUUAUGGGGAGGUUUCGAACUCUGUCCCAGUCAACUGCCAAUGAAUCAAGCACAACUCUGGAUUCUGAUGUCUAUACGGAGCCUUAUUAUUACAAAGUGGAGGAUGAGGAAGACUACAGUGAGCCUGCUGUCGAGAAUGAAACUGAUUAUGUGGAAGUCAUGGAGCAAGUUCUGGCGAAACUGGAAAACAGAACUAGUGCCAGUGAAACAGAAGAAACGACUCAGGAAUAUGAGCUGGAUCAGGCCCAGUAUGAGGCUCCUCAAGACACUGGGCAAGAGGAUGCUCUUGAUGGACAUUUUGAUAACGAUGGGUGUGGCAAUGAAGCGUUGGAAUUUGCUGGUGCCCUGCCUGCUGAGUCAGAAACACAGGAGGAUGAAAACCAAAACGUCCCCGAAGCCCCCGUUCAAACUCCAGUGAAGAAAAAAAUACGGCCAUCUUUUAAAGAAGCUGCUUUAAGGGCCUACAAGAAACAGAUGAGUGAAUUGGAGGAGAAGAUCCUAGCUGGAGACAGCAGUUCUGUGGAUGAAAAGGCCCGCAUAGUCGGUGGAGGUUCCUUGGAGGCGUCUAAGCUGGCCAUCCAAGCCUUUGCCGGGCCAGGCAGCGCUCUGUACGGCAUUGACAGCAUGCCGGACCUGCGACGCAAGAAGUCCUUUCCCCUCGUCCGCGAUGUGGCAAUGACCCUUGCUGCUCGGAAGUCCGGCAUCUCACUGGCCAUGGUCAUCCGGACGUCUCUGAAUAACGAAGACCUGAAAAUGAAUGUCUUCAAAAAGACUCUGCAGGCCCUCCUGUACCCCAUGUCCUCCACGACUCCGCAUUACUUUGAAGUGUGGACAGCCACGGCCCCCACCUACUGCCACGAGUGCGAGGGGCUCCUGUGGGGCAUCGCCCGGCAAGGGAUGAAGUGCACCGAGUGUGGGGUGAAGUGCCACGAGAAGUGCCAAGACCUCCUCAACGCCGACUGCUUGCAGAGAGCUGCAGAAAAGAGUUCAAAACAUGGGGCAGAAGAUAAAACCCAGAAUAUUAUUACAGCUAUGAAGGAACAAAUGAAAAUCAGGGAGAAGAACAGGCCAGAAGUGUUUGAAUUGAUCCGGGAAGUGUUCCUGAUCCCCAAGGAAGAUUUUGUGCAGCACACCAAGGCAGCCAAGCAAAGCGUCCUGGAUGGGACAUCGAAGUGGUCAGCAAAGAUCACCAUCACUGUGGUUUGUGCCCAAGGUUUGCAAGCCAAGGACAAGACGGGCUCCAGCGACCCCUACGUGACCGUGCAGGUGGGCAAAACCAAGAGGAGGACAAAGACCAUCUUUGGAAACCUCAACCCAACGUGGGAUGAAAAAUUUUAUUUGGAGCAGCACAACUCCACAGACAGGAUCAAAGUCAGAGUGUGGGAUGAAGAUGACGAUAUAAAAUCUCGUGUGAAGCAGCAUUUCAAAAAGGAAUCGGACGACUUCCUGGGGCAGACCAUCAUUGAAGUGAGGACGCUCAGCGGAGAGAUGGACGUCUGGUAUAACCUGGAGAAGCGCACGGACAGGUCUGUGGUGUCGGGGGCCGUUCGGUUGAAGCUCAAUGUGGAAACCAAAGGCGAGGAGAAGGGGACUCCGUACCACGCCCAGUACGCCUGUCUGCACGAGAACCUCUUCCAUUACAUGACUGAAGUGAAGUCCAGCGGGGUUGUCCAGAUCCCCGGAGUCAAAGGAGACGAAGCCUGGAAGGUCUACUUUGAUGCCGAUGCCCAGGAAAUCGUGGACGAGUUUGCCAUGCGUUACGGGAUUGAAUUCAUCUAUCAAGCAAUGACGCAUUUCUCCUGCCUGUCUUCGAAAUACAUGAGCCCCGGAGUCCCUGCGGUGAUGAGCACUUUGCUGGCUAACAUCAACGCCUUCUACGCUCACACGACAGCCACCACCAACGUCUCGGCCUCCGACCGGUUCGCUGCUACUAACUUUGGGAGAGAAAAGUUCAUAAAACUGUUGGACCAGCUUCACAAUUCUUUGCGGAUCGACCUCUCCAAAUACAAGGAGAACUUCCCAGCCAGCAGUCCAGAGAGGCUUCAAGACUUGAAAUCCACAGUGGAUCUGCUCACCAGCAUCACCUUUUUCCGCCUGAAGGUGCUGGAGCUGCAGAGCCCGCCCCGGGCCAGCGCUGUGGUGAAGGACUGUGUCAGAGCCUGCUUGGACUCCACCUACAGAUACAUAUUUGACAACUGCUACGAGCUGUACUCUCAGCUGAUGGAACAGGGUAAAAAGCAAGAUGUUCCUCGAGAAGAGCAAGGCCCGACCACGAAGAACUUGGAUUUCUGGGCCCAGCUGAUUACCCUGAUGGUGACCAUCAUUGACGAAGACCGGACGGCAUACACCCCAGUCCUGAACCAGUUCCCUCAAGAGCUGGACAUGGGCAAAGUCAGUGCGGAGUUCAUGUGGACCCUCUUUGCACAGGACAUGAAGUACGCUCUGGAAGAGCACGAAAAGCAACGGUUAUGUAAGAGCACAGAUUAUAUGAAUUUGCACUUCAAAGUGAAGUGGUUUUAUAACGAGUAUGUGCGAGACCUUCCGGCGUUCAGAGAGGCUGCCCCUGAGUAUUCUCUGUGGUUCGAGCCAUUCGUCAUUGAGUGGCUGGAUGAAAACGAGGACGUCUCCCUGGAGUUCCUUCACGCUGCCCUGGGAAGAGAUAAGAAAGAUGGGUUCCAGCAGACUUCUGACCACGCCCUUUUCUCCUGCUCCGUGGUGGACGUUUUCACACAACUCAACCAGAGUUUUGAGAUCAUAAAGAAGCUGGAGUGCCCAAAUCCCGAGGCCCUGUCUCAUCUGAUGCGGAGGUUUGCUAAGACAAUCCACAAAGUGCUUCUUCAAUAUGCAGCAAUUAUCAGCCGGGAUUUCAGCUCCUUCUGUGACAAAGGGAACGUGCCCUGCAUCCUGAUGAACAAUAUCCAGCAGCUGCGAGUCCAGCUGGAGAAGAUGUUUGAAGCCAUGGGGGGGAAAGAGCUGGACCCCGAGGCCAGCGCCGCCCUGAAGGAGCUCCAGAUCCAGCUCAGCGGCGUCCUGGACGAGCUCAGUGUGAUCUAUGGGGCCAGUUUCCAGCUUGUCAUUGAGGACUGUGUCAAGCAGAUGAGCUUGGAGCUGAACCAGAUGCGAGGCAACGGAGCUGCCGCCCCUCCCGCUGUGGAGGCGGAAAUAGUGCUGCGCCCACUGAUGGAUUUCCUGGACAAAACCUUAAGCCUCUCAGCCAAAAUCUGCGAGAAGACGGUUCUGAAGCGGGUAUUAAAGGAACUCUGGAAGCAGGUCCUGAACAGAAUCGAGGCGCAGAUCGUGCUCCCCCCACUGACAGACCAAACCGGCCCCCAGAUGAUUUUCAGUGCAGCCAAAGACCUAGGGCAGCUGUCGAAACUGAAGGACCACGUCAUUCGAGAAGAAGCCAGGAGCCUGACCUUGAGGCAGUGCACCAUCAUGGACGUGGUGCUGGCCACCAUCAAGCAAUACUUCCAUGCCGGGGGGAGCGGUCUGAAGAAGACCUUCUUGGAGAAGAGUCCAGACAUGCAGUCCCUCAAAUAUGCGCUCAACCUUUACACUCAGACGACAGAUGCCCUGGUCAAGAAGUUCAUUGAUACCCAGACGUCCCAAAGUCAGGCGACCAACAGCACCGUGGGGGAGAUCUCGGUCCAGGUGGACCUGGCCGUUCAUCCGGGCACCGGAGAGCAUAAAGUCGCCGUCAAAGUGGUGGCAAUCAACAAUCUAAACUGGCAAACCAGCGCCAUGUUCCGGCCCUUCGUGGAGGUUUGCAUGCUGGGCCCCAGCCUCGGCGACAAGAGGAGGAAGCACGGCACCAAGACCAAGAGCAACACGUGGUCACCAAAAUACAACGAGACAUUCCAGUUCCUGCUGAGCCGGGAAGAAAGAGUGGCGGCCUAUGAGCUUCACCUCUCCGUGAAGGACUACUGCUUUGCUCGGGAGGAUCGCAUCAUUGGGAUGGCCGUCAUCCAGCUGCGCAGCAUAGCCGAGAGAGGCAGCGGCGCGGACUGGUACCCGCUGCUGCGGAGCAUCCACAUGGACGCCACCGGGCUGACGAUCCUGCGGAUCCUUUCUCAACGGAACAAUGACGAUGUAGCCAAAGAGUUUGUCCGACUCAAGUCUGAAACCCGCUCUGUGGAGGAAACUGCCUGAUACUCCUCACAAGUAAAUGCAAAAUGUCAGCGCCAAGAUCCUUGACCCAGUGUUAUCGACGUCUGAAUCACGCAUGUGUGUGCAACUCUGUGGGAAUGUUUAACUAACUCUGUUUCCGUGUUUGCAGAACAUAAGUACUAUAUUUGCAAGGUAUGUCAAAGAGCUGUAAUAUCUUUUAUAUGUAUUUUGGUCUUUGAAAAGAAGUAACUGAUUCAAUGAAGUGCCAAAACUACAGUUAAGAGCAAAAUUGUUAAUGGCAUAUUUUGAAAUGUUGAUUUCAUCUCCCCUGCUGUAAAGGUUUCCAAAUAAUGUGUCUGUUUUUUGGGUUGAGUCAUUAGCUGUCUCCACUGAACUACCGUGCUGCCUACUCAACGUUGUUGUCGUCUCAACUGAGUUGUCUUCUCCUCCCACCCACCCCUUCUGGUUGGCCUGAUCACCCCCUUUCCAUUUUAUGCAAACUCCGUCUCAAGUCCCCCUCCCCAAGACCUUUUUCUAUCAUAACUUACAGAUGCAGUUACUUCAAGAAAGGGUUUGUAAUUUUAUAAUUGCUGAUAUAAAGAAAUAAUUUUUGCAUAUACUUUAAAAAAGUGGAAAUGUUUUAUGCUGACUUUUUUUCCAACCUUUCAUAGAUACCACUGUGAAGAAAUGCUGUUUCAGCAUGGCCUCGGGACGCUGUGCUUAACCACGUUUGUUACUGAUAUUUGAUAUCUUGAAAUAACUUUAUUCUCCCAAACUGCCAAGGUAACAACAUCACAGUUGCACUUCAAAGGGCAAGCCACCCCCACCCCCCAGAUCAGUGAUCUGCUACAGGUUUUGCAAGGAAGGGGGGCGCCCGCCUGUGAGGAGUUCCUGGUGGGCCUUGUUACCACGCCCCCUCCCCCAAGAUGAGGGCCAGGGAGUGCCCCAGGAGGCAGCCGGGGCUUUGGAGCCAGGGGGCGGGCAGUCGGUACAGGAUUGUUUCCAGGCUCAUUGCGCAGUUGUGUGGUGUACCAGGUGCGUGAGGCGGAGGGUGCCGGAGGUGGGUUUCUGCCUGCAGCCCCUUCAGGAGAAGCAGCGUUGCUCUGACCAUGACCGACGUGUUUUCUUUACAUCCUUAGCUGAUGUCUCACUCGGCUAUGUGCUUUCUUUCGUACUUUGAUUUUCAUACAAGUUCAAAGGUUUCUACUUAUGCAACUUGACUGUGUCCUGCACUGAGGCAAAAUCCAUGUGCUGUAAAUAUAUUUCGUGAACAAUUGUAAAAUAAAACAAGAAACUGC